GUGGUAAACGGUAACUCCACUCCGAAUUCGUCCUGUAAACAGGAAGUCGAGGAUGUGAACAUGUCGCGUCUAUAUCUAGAGCACGGCGAGCCCUGGGGCAGUUUUGCAGGAAAAUUUCGCGCACGAUGAGACCUUCCUUGGGCUCCUUGCUGGUCCCAGCCCUUGUCUUGAUUUGUUGCAAUUUUUUGAAGAAUUGUUGCAAAGCGGGGUCCAUUAAUUGUCUGCCGGAGAUCAUCACCUACGGGAAUCCGCACCCUGGGGUCCAGCACUUGCCCUAUGAAGUCCAGAUGCCUCUGGUGCCGUUUAAACCCGCUGCACCCGACGGUUCCUUGGGCGACUUUUCUUACUGCGUUCAAGAUGCACCUUCGGCACCUGUAAACUUCGGCUCGCAAUAUUCCGUCCAAGUGCAAACUCCUUUAACGGCUCUUCCGCUUCCAAAGCCAGAUCCUUUGGUGGGGAGGGAUUACGGAGUCCAAGUACAGCGACCGAUAAGUAGAACCCCCGGGAUUCCGGGGUUCAGAAUGUUCGACGUCGGCGUGCAGACUUCCAUCCCCAGGUUGGCGCCUGCGAAGCCGUUCGCCAUUGACUACUCGGUGAAGGUGCAGCCAGGAGUUGCGGAGCCUCUCCUACCUCCAGGAGGCUGCCAUCUUCCUUUCGACGUCCAGACGCCUCUUUCGUAUCUUCCGCCGCCUCCACCUCCACUUCUGCCAGGAUUAUCCCCGGUCAUCGACAGGUUCCUCAUCCCAGCGGAUUCCGUGCCUCCUCCAGCCCCCAGGGAACGAGUUGUCCCCUUCUGUUAUUAACCCUGCAAUGAAAUUGUAAAAUGUAACAAUUAUA